AGGGAGAUGAGUUGAGUAAGCAAGGACUAGAGAUGACAAGGCAGGAGAAGGAAACAAGAAGAGGAAAAAUUCACUAAAAACAGAAAAGAAAAUUUUAGUUCCGAUUUAAAAUACAUUUCACAUCGUUUUGGUUAAUAUCUAAGAUCAG